GACACUGAAAACAAACAAAAACAGUAAUGGAUGUCGACCAUCAUUUCUGUCAAAUAAAUACAAUAAGAAAUCAUUAAAAAAGUCGAUUGUUAAUUUUUUCACAACCAUGUAUUGCCCAAAUCACAUGAAAUAAUGGUUACAAAGUGACAAUACUCUAUUAGAAUUAGAAACGAUGAUUGUUCAAGAACCUGUUCAGGCUGCCAUUUGGCACUGUUUGAAUCAUUACGAUUAUGCGGAUGCUAUAUUUUUAUCAGAACGUCUGUAUAAUGAAGUUAAAACGGAUGAAAGUCUUUUUCUGCUGGCUACAGCUUACUUCAGGAAUGGUCAGAUAGCUCAUGCUUAUCACACUCUCAAAGAUAGGUCAGGUAGCUCGUCCCAAUGUAGAUAUUUAUUUGGAAUUUGUGCAUAUGAACUGGAAAAGUAGGUAUAAAGUUAUAUUUAAUUAUCUGUGCUCUUGUGAACUUCCAAAUUUAUUUAUUCUGACACACCAAUCGAAACUUUCUUAGAUUUACU